GAAAUGGAGUGCACAAGAGCUUCCAUUCAGAUUGAGCACAGCUUUUCAUAUCAGUGUUUUGACAGUUUGUGGAUUUGACACCAGUAGAGGAUCUCGGUGCAGCUGAAGUCACCUGAUUCUGUGAAGUCAGAGAGCUGAAGGUUUGUUUUCGGACAGGUAGAACUCGUCUUGAGGAGGACUGAUGGAGGCGGACAUCUUUGACUAUCACAGAGAUGAGCACGCUGUGGACGCUGAGUAUUUCCAGGGCGAGAAGAGGAAGCUGAUUCAGCCGAAGUCUCUAAAAGACCCAAACCUUGAGAAGCUGAAGCAGGCAUUAGUUGAUUGGAUCAAUGGGACUUUGAAACCGGAGCACAUCGUGGUUCAGAGUCUGCAGGAGGAUCUGUACGAUGGACUGGUGCUUCAUCAUCUGCUGUCCACCUUGGCCGACGUGCAUCUGCCUGUGGAUGAGUUAGCAUUGACCAGUGCCGCUCAGAUACGCAAGCUGGAAGUAAUUCUUGAGGAGUUGGACAGGAGGCUGGGCCCGCAGGACGGCAGCCAGAUCAAAUGGAACAUCCAACUCAUCCACAACAAAGACCUUCUGGCUACGAUUCAUUUGCUGGUUGCCAUGGUGAGAUGCUUCCAGCCUGAACUGGAUUUGCCAUCAAAUGUGAAGGUUGAAGUCGUGUCACUGGAAGUCAACAGCGGUGGAAUCAAAUCCGACGUACAGACAGAAGUCCUGACAGGUGAUCGGCCAAACAACACUGGCUCAGACUCCCUCAGCAAUACUGAAAGGGAAGAUCCCAUUGAACAACUGCUGAGGCUGGAGGCUCACAAGGUCAACACGGUGAAGAAGGCCAUUUUACACUUUGUCAACCAGACCAUGUCGAAGAUGGGUCUGCAGGUCGCUGAACUGGACAAACAGUUUGCCGAUGGCGUCAUCCUGCUUCUGAUGAUUGGACAGUUAGAAGGCUUCUUCAUCCCACUCUGUGACUUCAACCUGACCCCUGUCAAUCAAUCUGAGAUGCUGCACAAUGUGACCUUGGCCCUCGACCUCCUGAAUGAUACAGGCCUGACUCUGUCCAGUGUUAAACCAGAAGAUAUUGUCUCUCAGGACGUCACAGCCACCUUGAAGGUCCUGUACGCCCUGUUCAAGAAGCACAAAGAGAAAUGAGAGACGCUCGGAGAGGAGCUCCGGAGCUGGGGAUGCAAAGAGCUGAAGAAAGGUGGAGCGUUUGACCAGAUUGUGGUUUCAUCUGUCGCAAAUACUGUGAAUGUUCUUAUUCAAAGGGUGACAUAAAAUGUUGUUGAUCCUCUCACCCAAGUUUGUGCAAGAAGCUUAAGUAGCGUUAACCAGUUGAUCGUAAUCAAAGUAGAGGGCCAGCAUUUAUUUAACAUUCUUGAGCAAAGUUGAUACAAAAUCUAAGGUACUAGACACAGUUUUUACUCACAGUCACUCUGAGGGACUUUAAAAUGAUUUGAAAAAAGUCUGAGAAAGCCAAAUAUACAAAUAACACUCCUGAAUAAACCCAUUCAGUUUUAGCAAGGUCCGUUUGUCAGCACCUAGCAAGCCUGUUAGCACUGAUUAGCCUUGAACCAGGUCACAUAGAUUGUUUCUAAAGAUGAAACAAAUGAUAGCUCCCAAAAGAGAAGCCAAAGCGUCUUGUUAAGUCUGCUCCAUUAGUCAUGUGAUUUCCUUGACAACACACAGACACCAUCGUCGGCUCAUAUCAUAAACUCUCCAGACCUUAGUCGGUGUCUGUGUAAAAAUAGGGUGAAAUGCCAUGAUUGAGAGCUGAGACCGACUCACGAUUGGUAAAUAAAAUUGGUAAAAUUUGGUAAAAGGUACGACCUUGAUAACGUGGCUUCUUCUACGAAUCUCUGGGCCCAAGUGACGUUAUUGGCGCAAGGGAACAGCGUUUGUAUCCAGGAUAUAUUGGCGGGAAUUUUUGGAUACAAGUCGAGACGCGUUGCUCAUUUUGAUUUACAGUCAAUGGUCACUACGCCAGCAAGCCCACGGCACUGAUUACUUUGUAAAAAGAUGGUGAAUUCAAUGUAAAACUACCAAGCCGGCAAAGUCGUCCACUGUCCCAAAAUUAACUGCAAAAUUGUGCUUGAAUUUGCACCAUUUAACCCAAAAUCCGGCACAGGAGGGCUCUGCGUUAUUGGCAGUUGUUAUUGCCAUGUUGUCUGGAACCAGCUGGUUCAGUGUCCUUGUUUACAAAAUGUAAGAUUUAUUUUGCUUCAUAUUACAUUCAUUAAUUGAUGUAUUAUCGCUGUGCCACCACAAUUAAUGUAUGACCUAAUGGGUCUCUUCAAUGUUGUUGACAGCUUAAGGACAAUAAAGUGUUCACGCAAAGCCAAUUUAAUUUUUUUUAAACAUAUUUUUCUUCACGUUCUGAAGGACCACAUGUGUUGUGGUUAUUUCCUGGAUUAUUUGCUGGGGUCUUUUUGCUGGAGACUUCUCAAUAAACGAUGUUCUUUCUCGGCUCUUUUCAUGUGUUGCUGCCCACAGUCUGUGACCUCCUCUAGUCUGAAUGCUAUUGUCAUGUAUAAAAACAAGUGUAUGAAUAGUGCAGCAGAUGGAGGGAGGUACUCAGAAUGAAGGACAGAAAAAAUAGCGGCGGUUCCAUCAAACCGUAUUAUACAAAUGAUGUGUUGAAUUCAAAAAAAAGUUGACCAGAUAACCUAAUUACCUUGUGUGGUAAAUAAGUGUAGUUAAAAAUAAAGUUAUUUACAUUGUGUUAAAUCAUGACACAAAAAUGCAACUGCCUCUCUUGACAUUUUGUGUGUGUGUGUUAGCAAACUGUAGAGUUCAUUCUUUGUUUGUGUCUGAAGGUUAAUGUAUGAAAUUUGGGCAACAGCAAUAAAGAGCAGCAGUUAACACUUUAA